AUGAGCUACAUUUGGAUUGCUCUCAAUGCGCUGCGCGUACUAUCUAUAUUCUCUUUGGUGCUGGUCAUCUCAACCUGUGUUAUUGUAAAUGCCAAAGGAUUUUCAAGUCUUGGUCAAAGUAAUGUUAUAUUCCAAUUCAUGAAUCGAACCGCAAUUGGAGUUGAAGCUCUUAUUUUGAUUUUGGUUGAGAUUGGUAUACCAAAGAUUUUUGGUUGGUUCCCCGUUCUUAAUAGCUGGACUUUUUUUGGUUUCCUACAAGUCAUUACCGGAUCGCUCAUCCUUGGUUAUGAUAGCGGAAUAAAUAGUUACAGCUUUUUGGGUUACAGCCUAUACAUAUUUAUAAUAGUCCCUGGAUGGUUCGUAUUCAUUAUAGGAAUUAUAUAUAUUAUUCUCGGUAUAAUCGGUGGUCAACCCCUUAAACAACGACGACAACUUGGAGGACGCUCAGAAAAAUCACGACCUCCUCCUUAUACCGUAUAA